UGUCGGGCGGAGGUGUGCCGAGCCGGAACUGUCCUCCAGCUGCCGGGUCCGCGCCUCAGUCGCCGGCUGCUGACGUGGGCCGGCAAGUGUGGGGCUGUGGGGACUGGUCGCUAUGGCGGUGGACAUCACUCUGCUGUUUCGGGCUAGCGUCAAGACCGUGAAGACGCGGAACAAGGCGCUGGGAGUGGCGGUGGGCGGCGGGGCGGAUGGCAACCGCGACGAGUUGUUCCGCCGGAGCCUCCGGCCCAAGGGCGACUUCUCCAGCCGUGCCCGAGAAGUGAUUUCUCACAUUGGCAAACUGAAAGAUUUUCUUCUGGAACACAGGAAAGAUUAUAUUAAUGCUUAUAGCCAUAUCAUGUCUGAGUAUGGGACGAUGACAGACACAGAGCGAGACCAGAUCGACCAGGACGCUCAGAUAUUUAUGAGGACCUGUUCAGAAGCAAUUCAGCAACUCAGAACAGAAGCUCAUAAGGAGAUACACUCCCAGCAAGUGAAGGAGCACAGGACUGCUGUUCUGGACUUCGUUGAAGAUUACCUAAAAAGAGUGUGCAAGCUUUACUCAGAGCAGAGAGCCAUCCGGGUGAAGCGCGUGGUGGAUAAGAAGCGCCUAUCUAAGUUGGAACCAGAACCACGUCCAAAGGCAAGAGAGUCUGCAUCUUCUGAGAAAGUUUCAGAGACCCCUUCCAAGGACUUGGAAGAGAAGCCUGUCACCGAGGAAUAUCCAGAAAAGACGGUGGCCAAAGCACAACCUGAACUGGGAGCCCUGGCAGACAGCAAGGGUGAAGAUGCGCUAUCCCCCGAGGAAAUACAGAUGUUCGAGCAAGAAAACCAGCGACUCAUUGGGGAGAUGAACAGCUUGUUUGAUGAAGUGAGGCAAAUCGAAGGGAAAGUAGUCGAAAUCUCCAGACUCCAAGAGAUAUUCACAGAAAAAGUUUUACAACAGGAAGCUGAGAUUGACAGCAUCCACCAGUUGGUCGUUGGGGCAACUGAAAACAUCAAAGAGGGCAAUGAGGACAUUCGCGAGGCCAUCAAAAACAAUGCAGGCUUCCGCGUGUGGAUCCUCUUCUUCCUGGUGAUGUGCUCUUUCUCCCUGCUCUUCCUCGACUGGUAUGACAGCUAGAGGCGCAGGCUGGGCCCGCACCCGUGUGUGCUCUCGGGGCACAGCAGGCAGGUUCGUCACUCCACACGUGGAGGAGCUGACACAGACGCGUGCAUAACAGAACCAACACCCAAGCCAAUCUAGCAGCUGGAAGAGAAUGUGCAUGAACUGGAAGGGGGCCGUGCCGCCGUCCAGAGGGCUGGCGUGAUGGUUACUAACUGCUCGGUCUGAGGCCCCUGCCGGGCUGCUCCCCACACCACGCCGGGACUCGAAGUCUGCCCCUGCCCACCCCAGUGGCUGCAGGGAAGAGCACGAGCAGUGACACCGCUCAACUGAUCGGAGUGCUUACUUCCUCGUGGUUUCCAGGCUGUCUGAGUCAGCUGACCCAGUCCUGGCGCUGCUGAAAAGAAAAUCCCCAUUUGCCUUGUUGAUCUAAUAAACACUGUCGCAGCCACCCACUGUGCUGCCAGUGAGUAGACUGAGCCAUGCCAUGGGUGCCCAGAUGCUGCACCAACACUUCAACGGCAGGGUAGGGACAGGGCCGGGAGGACCAGCUUCCCGGCGCUGGUCCAAGGAGCUGGUGUUGAGACGGCAGCAGGCCACAGAAGAGUGGGGUCUGCUGCCCUGUGCCUCCAGAGGAGUCGACAGGACCACAGCGCAGGCAGAGUGGAGACCUGUCCGUGCUCGCCCGGGGAGCGUGAGGCGUGCGGACAGACAGCCCCUUGGCAGCACAGGCACCCUCCAGUUCUUUAUUUGCACACAGUGAAAUGUCAGAAGUCAUUUCAGUCAGUUUACAGUCAAUAAAGUAACGUCUGCUAGAAAA